GAGGGCCGGCCAUUAUCGGCAUUCACAUAAUUCUACAUGUACCUCCAUGAUAAGACUAAGGGUUUCUCUGGUCUUUCGUUACGGAAUCGGUGAGAAAUAACCCAAAUUUUCGGCAAUGCCGACAAGGUGUGUGGCUGCUGGGUGUAGUAAAACUAGCAAGGAUGGAGUUAGCCUUCAUCUGUUUCCGAUGAAACCGAAAUAUCGGAGGAUCUGGACGGCCAAAGUGCAGGUUACCAGAGCAAAGUGGUCUGGGCCCAGUGGGUUUUCGGCCCUCUGCAGCGACCACUUUGAGCCGUCGUGCUUUGACGCUGGUUUGUACAGCAACUUUGGCAUGCCCCUCAAAAACAUGCUAAAGUCUGAUGCCGUGCCAACGAUAUUCCCAUCAGGUGGCAAAGGACAGGGAAACCCCAUAGGGCGCCGGAAUCCCAGAGCAGCGUUUGCGAAAAGAGAGAAACACAGGAUCCUCAGUGACGCACUUCAGUCUGCCUGCCCACAAAGAUCAAGUUUAGAGGAGGAGGUGGACACAUCGGGGGAGGUCGACACAUCGGGGGAGGUGGACACAUCAGGGGAGGAACCAUGUGUCACUGCUGACAUGGACGCUGAACCUGGAUGCAGCCAGUGGGGUGUUGAAAGCCCUCAGACAGUUUCUCUUGAUAUCACAAGGAAUGCAUUUGUUUGCUCGGAGCACUUCAAACCCGGAGACUUCAAGAUGACGCUGACAGGGAGGAGGAUCUUAAAGACAGGUGUAGCUCCUACAGGGUUUCCCUGGACAGGUGCAGUUCUGAAAGGGGGCGUAAGGAGGCACAACGCAUGUCAGAGAAAAAAAGAGUGCAGUUUCAGGAAUAAAGAAGCAGAUGAACAGCAUAAUGGAAGCAGAGUGAGGGCACCAGACCAUGAUCAGCAGACUAUUUGUCAGCAAGCCGAAGAUCCUAUCCAACAACUGAUAGGGAUCAAGAAACGGACGCAAAAGCCACCUCAGCGCCCCGAAAAACACUUCUUGGAGAGAUUCUCCACCGAUCCGACAAAGAUUCAGUUUUACACGGGAUUUCAAACAUACACCGUGCUGAUGAGGUUUUUUCACUGCCUUUUACCUUAUGUGUCGCGAGGGUUGUCCAGCCCUUGGUUCCAGUUGCGACUCGUGGACCAGUUCUUCCUGUUCCUGAACAAGGUCAAACUGGGUUCGCUGGACGAAGACCUGGCCGACAAGUUUGGCGUAUCGACCUGGACAGUCCGCACGGUGAUUGCAUCAUGGGCCAACUUUCUUCACGCUUUGCUCUGCACUGAUCCCAUCUGGCCCACAAGAAGGAUGGUAGAUGAACAUAUGCCAGAGGUGUUUAAGCAGUUCCCAAAGACGCGGGUCAUUUUAGAACGCACAGAGCUAUUCGUCCAGACACCAUCCACUUUGACCCUGGACCCCGAGCUGUACCCGGACUCCAGAGGGCGCAAGACACUCAAGUGCCUGAUGGGAAUUUCCCCGGACGGACUGGUGACAUUUGUCAGCGACCUCUACGCCGGCGGGAUAUCGGACCAGGAAAUCACCAAGCAGUGCGGCAUUUUAGAUUUACUCCAAGCUGGAGAUGCCGUCGUGGCUCACAAGGAAUUUAUCAUAGAUGACUUGCUGAAUGAGAUCAACUGCACUCGCGCAAUCCCGCCCGUGUUUACCUCAGAAGAAGAAACACAAACCAUUGCGAGACUCUGCGCCCAUGUAGAGUGGGCUGUCCGUAGAGUCAGACAGUUCCACCUGUUCGACAGAACCAUCCCAAUUUCUCUGGAGGACAUACUUGAUCAGCUGUGGCGAAUUUGUUGCAUGCUGCCCAAUUUUCAGGGGCCGUUUCUCCAGGAAUCAAUGUGAAAUGAGAAAUAUGUCUGCAUGGUGUGUAUACAGGUACAUUGUCACAACCAAAGUCCUUGGCUGAUUGAGAAUCCAUGUUAGAAUGAUCCAAGAAAUACAUGUACAAUGUACCAUGGAGAGAAAACAAUGUUGUUGUUUUUUCAAAAGAAUUAAAAGAGCAGCCAAGAAAUAUUUUAAAUAGGUUGCCCCUUUUAUUAACCCUACAUGUAAGCCCCUACCAUGAUUUACUAGGAACUAGCUUACUAGGAACCAUACCCAUCCUGGCAAAGUUGAUAAUUUCUUCUUUCGUUAAAAUAUAAUUUUAGCAUUUCAAUCAUACUGAGGAACACAACAUUCAAAAGGCCAUGUUUUUUUUGGGUACCUGUGCAUGAAUUUCACUGC